CUCUGACCCUAGCUAGCUACCACUUGACGCGGCCGAAGUUACAAGUCGUAUAUAGUUUUCUCUCCUUUUCCGUUCUCUUGCUAGCUACCUCCAAUCCAUCCAUCCAUGGACUUGGUGCCAGAGCAACAGCAGCAGCACAAGGAGGAGGAGAUGAUCUUACCAGAGCACCGCGGUGACCGGGGCUUUGGUCACGGCAGCGGGCGCCGGAGCGAGAUCAAGGAGGUCGACUUCUUCUCCACCGGCGGUUCUGGCCGCAGGGACGACGAAGCCGACGACGGUGGAGACGGGGGCCGAGAGCCAGGAGCAGUUGGCCGCGGUGGAAACAUGGUCAACACUGCGCUGGACCUGCUGACCACGGCGGUGGCGACGGCAGUCAACGGCGGUGAGGGUCCUGCCGGGACAGAGAAUGAUCGUAAAGAGGUGGACGUGGCGGCGGUGGAGGGGGAGCUCCGGCAGGCUGGGGAGGAGAACCGACUGCUGCGGCGGAAGCUGGAGGAGCUCACUCGCAGCUACGGCACCCUCUACCAUCAGUUCAUCCAAAUCCAGCAGCAGCAGGCCAGCAGCGCACCAAACUCGAUGCUACCGGCAGUAAUGCCCGCGGGCGGGUUGCAAUUCAUGGACCCCCGCAUGGCUCCGGCGAUAAGAGCGGCGCCGGUGUUUGACGGUGACAGGGCGAAUUCCGACGACGGCAGCGGUGUCGAGGCAGGCGGCAACAGAAGGUUAGUGCAGCAGGACGCGACGGGGACGCCUGAGCACGGGGAGAACGCAGAGCGGGCGCCGGCAGCGGAGGCGCCGUGCCGGAGAGCGAGGGUGUCGGUGCGUGCGCGAUCGGAGGCCCCAAUGAUCAGUGAUGGAUGUCAAUGGAGGAAGUAUGGGCAGAAGAUGGCCAAGGGUAACCCUUGCCCAAGAGGUUACUACCGCUGCACGAUGGCCACAGCAUGCCCUGUCAGGAAGCAGGUUCAGCGAUGCGCGGAGGACAAGACCGUGCUGAUCACGACGUACGAGGGCACCCACAACCACCAGUUGCCGCCGGCGGCCGCCGCAAUGGCCAAGACCACCUCCGCCGCGGUCGCCAUGCUGCUUUCGGGCCCGGCCGUCAGCCGUGACGCCGGCGCGCUCUUCGCCGGCCACCACGUCGCGGCCCCGGCGCCGCUCUUCCACCCCUACGCGUCCGCUAUGGGCGCUACGCUCUCCGCCUCCGCGCCGUUCCCGACCAUCACCCUCGACCUCACCCACUCGCCGCCGGCGUCCGGGGGCCUGCUCCAGCACUGCCCGCCGUCCAUCCCCGCGAUGCAGUUCCCGGUGUACAGUUUCCCCGGGCACAGGCCGGUUGUGCCGCCGCCGAAUCUGCCUACGGUUGUCGGGACGGACGGGAGGCCGCGGUUCGCGCUGGAGAUGAUGACUGCCGCGAUCACCAGCGACCCCAACUUCACCACGGCGCUGGCGGCCGCGAUCUCUUCGAUCAUGGCGGGAGGCGCUGAAGUAGCUCCCCGCGGCGGCGCGAGUGACGCUGGAGAUGGUAACGGCGAAGGUGGCACCGAGCCCCCAAGUCUGCGAGCGGCGGCCGGAGCACGUGAGACGGCCAUGCAUGCACUUCUACAGAGACUAAAUGACGGCCGGCAUUGACAUAGGAAUCAUCCAAAGGCUUACAAUCAUCUGUACGUUCAUAUACAUACGUACGUAUGCAUCGGUUUUGUAAGGAAUAUACUCUAUAGUUUACUGUUGUAGUGUUGUACAUACAUGGAUUAUACUUGAGAUUCUUGUAGAGGCGGUUUAAUUUC